AUGUCGACCGCAGGGCAGGUCGUGUACUCUUCCACCUCACGCAGCCCCAUCUCCGUAUCGUCGUCCUCGGCGUCCUCCUUCACUUCUGCCGCAUCGCUGUCCGCGCCAUCGUCGCCUCGCUGGAGGGCCCCCUACACGCGCAGCGGUAAUGGCACGGCCAAGCAAUCCAGUCAUGUCCCCCGGGUGUCCCCUCGCGAUACGGGCGGGGAUCGGUGCGACGUCUCGAGCAACGGUUUUGUUGCACCGCUCGAUGUGGAGUCUACCCGCCACGGGCCGUGUGUGCUGGUGUACGUGACGCCGUCCACUGCCCAUCAGUUCGUGUCACUGUCCAGCGCUGCGGGCUUUCUGCAGCAGCAGCGGCAGCAGCGAGUGCUACCGUCGUCGUCGUCACCGCUGCUACACAACGGCACACGCGCAGCGGAGAGGAGGUUGACAGGUGGGUACUGGCAUCUUGGCUACGCUGUAUGCUCCUCCAGAGAGGUGGGUGCCCGCCGCCACGCAUCUUCUUUGCACACGUGCUGGUGCUUCACGCUAGAACCGCUGCCCUCUGAGCAGCUGGAGCUGUGCCGUACACUUCUUCAGCCCCAGUUGGACACCUCGCCUUCUCAACCUUCGCAGCCUUCUCGCACUCCUACUCCUGCGCAUCGUACUGCGCGCCAAACUCCGGAGCAGCAUCAUCAACAUUCCCACCAUCACCGCCACCACCACCAUGACAGCAGCGCGGAAAGCGCUGACCCUCGUCUUCAUGAUCUCCUCGUCACGCCGCUUUACGUGUGCACAAACAAAACCGCCGUCGUGGAACUCGACGUUGACGUCUUUAACACAUUGCCGGGUGCCCUGAUAGAGCUGUCGCAGUGCACCGCCGGGUGGAGCGGUGCGCAGGCCGAUGCCGCGUUGCAUUCGUUGCUGCAGCACGCACCGUCGUCGGCCGCGCUGGUCUACGCGUUGCGGCAGCGUCGCCGUUUCUGCCUGCCGCUGCUGCAGCUCAUCCGCCAUGACAACUUCGGUGAGACAGCGGAAGAAGAAGAAGCCGGCGUGUGCCCCUCAGGUGAUGUAGGUGUGGAAGUGUACGUGACGCUUGGCGGCGCCUCUGCGGCGUGGACGGCCGAAAGGACAGCAGCGGAUGGACCUGAGAGGGAUGCCCCCUCUUUUCCGUCGGAUGCGGCGGGAGGCGAUGCGGGAUGUCCGCCGCCGUUGUCGUCGAUGACACGAAGGGUGGUGAUGCGCUGUGGGCAGAUGAAGCAGCAAACAAUUGUGUUUCAGGGCUGCCCCUCCGCCGCUGCGCACCUCCGUCGCGGUGCGGUGGUCGAGCUCAUGCAAACAACUCGUGCGUGUACCACCUCAUCACGGAUGCUCACAACAAUGCAGGCUGCGCUGCGGCUGCUGGAUGCUCUCACGCCUUCAGCAGAUGGGCAAGAAAUCAUGGGGAGGCGCCGCAACUCGGUGGUCACCAAUGCGCUGGACCUCUACGUGCAACGUGAAGUGCCAUCGAUGAAAGAACCUCUGCGGCGGGUUGCCGGAGGACAAGUGAGACGGGCGGUGGCGGCGGUAGCGGCAGACAGCUGCGCCGGACGGUACGACGCAUCUACUCUCUUUAAAAUGAAUUCGAAAGAUGGAGGUGUUGUACCAGAGCCGGAUGUGAUGACGUUUCCGUGGUUUACGUCGCGUUCGAGUGGGAGCGCAGGCACCGACACCAGUGCAGCGGCUCAAAACUUUCCUCCCGAGACUGAUGUGCAGCGAAGGCGUUCCGUACCGUCACGAGUGACUCCAUCAGACAUCGAUGCGUGCAUGCGCGAGCUGGACGUGUCGGCAGACCUGCUGACACACGUGCACGACCUCACCCACGCCAUCCUUCACCUUUCGUCCCUUACCUUUUCGCCACGGCACGGGACGGCAUCCACCGCCGCCGCCGCCGCAUCGGUGUCGGCGGCGGUGACCACCACGAGCGAAGCAGCGCUGCUCGCCGCAGUGUCCAUCCCAGCCUGCGACGCUGCGAGCUCGCUUCUUCAUGUGCCACCUUUAGAAUUGGUGCAGCUGCUGACCACCGUGGAGGUACGCACUGACGGCGGCGCUGUACGACAUGCGCUGAACUGCGCGGGGGCGUGUCAGCUGCAGUCGGUGCUGGUGGCGCAGCUGGGCGGCGUACUGGUGCGUACGGUGCUGCAUGCAGUGAACGGUGCGUUGCAACGUGAUGGCGGCUGUGCGGGCGACGGGGAGGCCGGUAGCGGUGACAAGAGCGCGCCUCUUUCCCCUUUUUCGGUGAUUUCACUGGUGGUGAACGCCUCGGGCGACGCCACGUCCAGCGCUUCGACAGAGAAAGCCGAUGAGGAGGGCGCAGAUUCGAGCAACGUCGGCGGAGGUCUGCAAGACUGGUACGCCGCCUACACGGAGUUGCACGUUCAGUCCGCCGUCUGCGCACGCCUCAUCGGCACUCUGCGGCAGGAGGCCCGCUGUGAGGGUGUGGAGAGGGAGGUGGAUACGUGGAUUGAUCAGAUAAACAGCGGCGCCGACGGCGCUUCGUCGUGCUACGCACCGGCCGUUGCCGAGGCGGUAGAGCUAGCAAAGCGGGUCCGGCUGCCGGACCACACCUUUGGCGCGUUGGCAGCUCCACGUACAUCGUCUUCGCCGUCGCUGAUGCAUCGCCUGGCGGAAGUCAUCGACUCGGUGGUGGCGCGGUGUGGAGGCAGCGACGCCGCUUCUUGUCCGUCGACUCCGGCGGCGGUGCAGCAGCUUCUGCGCGAUGCCCUGCAUGGACUUGUGGCGGAGGCGGCGGAGGAAGGAGGCAACGAAGGUGCAAGUAUCCUUCUCGGCGGUGCGGACAGGACACCCACCUCUCCCGAGAACGGUAGACAUCAGCAAGGGCACAUGGCCCGUCGCCUCGCGCAUCCAGCAACCGACGUGAAACUCGUCUGGGCAUCUCCAACGCAUCCAUCGGAGGACGGCGGAAACCGCGAAGCCGCGUCAGCAUCGAACUCAUCCGCACAAGCGUGCCUUUGUCUGUCAUGGCCGAGUGGCCUGCACCCGCCCUUGCGGCUUUCCCUGGCACGGAUGGCGGUGGAGGUUCUUGCUUCUGUCCGACUCAGCAAAAUAGGGGCCACCGCUGCGGUGCAACGUGUAGUCGGAGCCGCGGCUACGCGGAGUGCUUCUCUUCUCAGUAGGCACGAUGCAGCCGCAAGCAGUUCCAAUAGGGUGGAGUCUGGUAAGAGAGCUGAUAAAGGAUUGCCGCAAGAGAGAGAACCCAUGUCAGCGGCUAGCGCUUCUCUUUCCGUUACACAGGCGCUCUGCGAGACACUGACGCUGCACAGGCCAGAUGAAGGCAGCGCCGCCGUUAACGCCGUGCAGGAAGACGGCACACACAACUGCCACGCGUUGACGCUCGUGCAUGCCAUUCCAGUUUCUAGUGCACAGGCAAGACAGGCGGUGACACCUCCUCGCCAUCCUUUCCUUGAGCCGGUGGUCCCGCCGCUGUCGCCGUCCGCAGCUUCGACACCACAGACGGUGGAUGAUGCCGUUUUCUCUUACUUGUGGGUGUCACAGCCGCUCUGGUUGGCGCUGUUUUACUGGUCACGUCUGUGCCACACGCAUGUGUGUCCUGUCGUUCCGUUUGGCAGAGAUUGGGCAGUGCCACUCCUCACCGCGUACGCCGUGGCCUCCGCUGCCGCUGCUCCGCGUACCCCUGUCAGGCCGUCGGGCUCGUCGUGGAUAAGCAGCUCUUCGACCUCCCCACAGCAGGCACGAGAGGAAACGCCGUCCCCGUCACGGGAACGUCGACUGCUUUCUUUCUCUGACACCCCAACCAACGGCGCAGAUGCCCACCUUCGCCGUCGUGUACGCGCGCUGCACGAGCAGGCGCGAUAUCGUGAGUUGGCGCUGCUCGCCCUCUCCACCCUCCCUUUUUGCCGAUCCGCCGUGCUCGGCGUAAGUCGCGUCUUUCUCCCGGCCGCGACCGCGGAGGAGAUGACGCGGUGGCGUGCGGAGCUGCGUGCCGCGGCGGCGCGUCGUGUGCAGCGUGUGGGCCGGGCCUUCCUGGCGCGACGAAGGUUCGUGGACGCGUCGCAACGGGCAAGACAGGCAUCCAUGUCUGCCACGGGCAUUGCCGGCUCUUCUCCUCGGGUGCUGACGCCGGCGGAGCUGCGCAGCCGAGAAGAGUUGGAGCAGCAACGCGAGGUCGUUUUGCGACAGACAUCGCAGCAGCGCGCGUGCACCCUUGACGCCGCCGCGGCGAACUUUGGCACCGCCGUCCGCACGCUUCAGCGCAGCUGGAUCGCCACGCUCGAGUUGUUGGAGUCGGAGCUGGUCGGGGCCACCACGGAGAUCAACAGCUUUGAGACACAGAGACGCGCGGCGGAGGACGCAGCACGGCAAGAGGCACGCACACAGGCUCGCGUGACGGCAGAAGCGUGGGCAGAGGCGUGGGAGGAGGAAGAAGCACGUGAGCAGCACCACCGACGGACAGCACAGCAGUUGGCCCGCCUGCGGCAUCGCCCGUGCGUCUCACCGAAGGAGCCGGACAGCGCCGCCCGUGUGCAGGAGGAGGAACGGCUGGCACGCAUCACCACGCGCCACCUUUCGCGGCUCCGUCGCACCGCCACGCAGAGGGCGGAGGCUGCUUUGCUGGCUCGUGCCGUCGCGAAGAGCCAAGACAGCGAUGCCGCGUGGCUGGCCCGGCACGUACGCCGGCAGGAGCAACGUCUGACGCGAGAGGCGGAGUUACGUGAAGAGCAGCUGCAGCAGCAGCAGCAGUCAUGGCAGCAUGUCGGAGGUCGUGCAAACAAGGCACACACUUCAAUCGACACGGCGGUCCCCACCGCCACCCCUGAACGCUCUUCCAAUAGAGGACGUGAUGCUUCGACAUCGCUGCAGUACAGCGACGCUCGCGGGCUCGUCUUCACCCGGCCACGACCGAUCGCUCGGGAGGCGGUGCGACGCCCCGCACCGCAGCGGCUUGAUCCGAUCCACGCAGGUGCACCGAGGAACGGCACGGAGGAGGAAAAAAGCGUAGAUGGCGUGUCCGUCGCGUCCAUCGACCGUACGGUGCUCCAAAACUUGACGAGAAGCGCCGCCGGCGAAGACGAGGAGUGGGCUGUGCAGCGGGACUUGAUGUCGCUGUGGGAGUCCUCUCGACUCACGACGUAG